AUGCAGACGUUCGAUGUUCCUGCCCUCUCGCUCCUCUUUCCUCCUCCUCCUCCUCCUCCUCCUCCUCCUCCUCCUCCUCCUCCCUCCAUUUCUCCUCCAACCGCUCUGCUCCUCUCCUCAUCUGCCGCGGGACGAGGCGACCAGCGCACAGCAGUCCCUGCGAGCAAAGCAGCGAAUCUCGCCGUGACAAACGCCUCCUGCUCCCCCUCCUGAUAGCCAGAAGCCGAAUCCUGACUCGUCAGACAUGUCGCAUCUUGGGAGGAGACACCCGGCGACCUGGACGUUCUCCCCCACCUUGCGAAGACGUUUCGGGACGGAUCUUGGCAAGCAGGAGAGGUUGCAGAGGUCGGAGGUAAGACCUUCCUCGCUGCCCUCGACCUCCGUCCUCCCCCUCUCCUCCUCCACUUGGCCCUCGAGCAUCUUCCUCGCUCUCUGGAUCAGGAGGGAGGGAGAAACAACACGGACGAGAAUCUGUCGAAGAUAAUCCUUGGAGUUGUCCCGCUCGUCUUUCUUAAACGAAAAGUUCUUGAUGACAGCAAUCUUGUUAUACAUGUACCUCGCAUGCGUCUCAUUCU